AUGGGCGAGAUAUACAAGAAUGCUUACUUGAACCUCUCCGCUACUGCUGCAAUCAACAGCGAGCAGGGUCUUUUCGCUGAGCGCGCACCCGAAACACUGAUCGAGGACGAAGUCAUUCUCAAUAUCGCUGGUCUUCCUGGAGCCACGAGCGUUCCUUCCAGCCCAUGGCGGCCAUCUCAAAACGUCAAAAAGUCUGUUUUACAGAUACUCGGCGCAUUCUGGCCCAUAAGAUGGCUUAUGAGAUACCUCCCGAGACGCAUGUACAUGCAGGCCAUGACAUUACCUAUUGUGAAGAACCAAUCAACAAGCGCAAGACUGGGUUCGAAAAGCUUGCUGACGAUACAAUCUUCCCGUCAGCCGCCACAUAAUUGGCUAGAUGCCGGAAUCAGCGAAGAUACCAAGGGGAAAGAUUUACGAAGAUGCACAAUCUUAGAUCUCUCUUUUUGGGAGUAUCGAGUCGACAAGGCGCCCGUGAACAAGAGGGGAUGGGUGCUUCAGGAACGUCUCAUGGCUCCUAGGGUAUUGCAUUUCUGCCGAGAUCAGGUGGCUUGGGAGUGUCGUGAGUUCGAGGCUGCUGAAGGCCAGCCAGUAGGCAUGCCGAACUAUCAGCUCACGAUGGGUGGCAUAAGAGCAGGAAGCAGGCUGAAAGGUCUCAACCCGCAAAAAGAUGGGCGCUGGCUACGGAACAUGCGCUUGCAGGGAUACAAAGAUCCUGAUCCUGAACUCCCGGGCAUAUAUGCGUUUGAGCUUUGGCGCCGUAUUGUUGAGGAAUACUCCAAGACAGCCGUCACGAAUCCAGGGGACAAACUCAUCGCGUUAUCUGGUAUGGCCCGGUUCAUGUCCCAACAAAUCGAGAGGGCCCCCGAAGCCGCUGACGUGAGGAAUGUUGGUAUCGCCGGGACUGAAACCAGUCAACGCGAGCUUCCAAAAUGUACUCAGUAUGUGGCCGGCCUGUGGGUACUGUAUCUAGCGAGCCAGCUUCUAUGGUAUGUUGAGCCAACAUUUCGGCGCGUUGACGGUGGCAAACUGGAACAUCUUACGACGGCACCAUCAGACUACCGUGCACCAUCCUUCUCUUGGGCCGCCAUAGAUGCUCAGGAUGGAAACGGCAUCACGUACGGCGAGGUCACUGACAAAGAAAUCCUCAUAACCGUUGUAAAGGCAUCAGUAACCCCGCGGUUGCCAUCCGACGAAUACGGGAUGCUGGAGGGUGCCUACAUCAUACUUCAUGCGAAGCUGCGCAAAGCGACUCUCUUCAGGAAGGGUAAGGAUCGUUUUGGGUGGUGUUUGGUCGGUCGUGAAAAGCUCGACGAAGAUGAGCACACCGAUGUGUAUCUGGAUUGCCCUGCCAGAGACGGUACCGGACUGGACAACGAGGGGAUUCUCGGCCGUGACGCGGGAGUAUUUGUGGUUCCAGCUGCCCACACCGACCGCAAGGCUUCGCCAAAGUCCAAAUAUCUGACUUGCCUCAUCCUACGGCUCGAUAAAACGCGCCUAGCGGGGCCGGUAUUCCACAGGAUCGGCUUGACGAAAUUGAGUCCAUACGGGGACCAUAGGGCUCUGGACGACAACGAGAUUUUGAAGCCGUACGAUAGCGACGUGAACAUGGUGAAGGAUGUAGAGUAUAACCCAAAGACGGGUAUGCACCGUAUCUGCCUCGUCUGA